GACAUUGUUUGCGUCUGAGGCUGAGCUGCGGUUUUGGACAAUGUAGCUUGCUUUGACUUAGGUUGUGUUUCCUGCGAAGUUCCCCAUACUUAAAAUGGAAAUACUCUGUAAUUAGUACAUCUAUUUUUUCCAUAGGUUUCGUUUCUGGUAGCUCAGAUGACGCGGCUGGGGCUUGCAUUGCCUUGCUUGCUGCCGCUGCUCGGACUCACAACUUGGAAGUUCUAGGAGUCAACCAACUAGCUAGUCUGUUACAAUGAAAAUGCAUGGCAUUGACCGAGACCGACAUGUUAUACAUCUUCAUUGUCUGUGGAUUGUGGGCUGUGUUGCCUCCUCCUCCCUGCCCUCUGGCCCUGUCUCCAUCUCUUCCCCUGUUGGAAGCCAAGCCAUCCUUCCUUGCAAAUGGAAGUCCCAGCUAGACAACUUCCCAGUUUGCCACGUCCUAUGGCAGACACCUGAUGCGCUGGUGUUUGAGCAAAACGGGGAGCAACGGUGGCAGGCCAGCGAGUUUGAGGGGCGGCUGAGGGUACCUGAGGAAAAGCUUUGGGAGGGCGACUGCUCUCUGAUCUUGCGCGACGUGCAGGUUGGGGAUGUGGGGCUUUACGAGAGCUUCAUGGUGGUUGACAGGACAAGGAGGGUGUUCAUCCAGAGUGUCCAACUCUCAGUCUAUGAACAUAAGUCCAAGCUGUCAAUGGGCAUGGGUGAAGACCUGGACCUGAAGCUCCACACUCCCCAGGCCAUGAGAGUGGUCUUCCAAGGGAGGAACAGCACAGAGUGGGAGGUCCUGUGGAUGAGGGGUGACGAGAAGGUCAACAGGGGUCAUCUUGAGGAGGCUGAAGGGGUGGUGGUCCUCAGAGGGUUAAGGAUGGACAACUCUGGGACUUAUAAAGUGUUGGAUUCCCAUGGGCUUUCAGUGAGCACUGUGAAACUCGAAGUGGAAGAAGUUGCUAAACUUCAAAAGAUGAUCCACAUCCAGGACAAACCUGUUGGUAAAUCGACUGUUUACGGGUCCUCCUCUCUGCUCAUUGUUUUUGUCCUGCUGAUCAGUCCUCUGAUUCAACAGCUCCUCUAACAAGGUUUAAACCUUUUGGUUCUAGUUUCCCAGAACCAAAUAAACCAACCCCUAUACUAAAAAGCGCUUUCAUCCAUUGAAAGUGAUUUUUGGUCUAUAGGCAUAGAGGGAAGACAUACUGGGCCGAUGGUUGUCUGAAAGCAGCAUGUGGCCAUUCUAUCGCAUGUGGUCACCUUGGUAUGUUGUUAGGGACCACCUGCUGUGUGGUUGGUUGUGUGCGGUGGUCAUCUUCCCCAAUUCAACAUGUAGUCUGACACCCUUGGGCCAUGUAAGCCAAUCAGAGUGGCGUAGUGCUUACCCCUCGCACAUUGAGUUCUCGUUCUACAGAGUUUGGGUCAAUCCAAUUCAGUAACAAUUAAAAGUUGAAAUGAACUCGUUCUCUUUAAAUCAUCCUAAAACGUUGUUUCUUCACUCCACAUCAUUAAAGCUGGAAUCCUUAGUUGCUAAAUGAAUGAUAUACCCAUUCAUUCUUGAAGAAUGCAACGUAUAUAUCAGAACCCCAAAUACAUGCUUGUCUUGCUCCGAUGUUAGUAAAGAAUGCAAAUGUUAAACCUGAAAUGUUGAUAUCAUGGAUGGUCAGUCCUUGGCUCCAUAGCUCUGUCUACGGAUUUGAGUGGUUCCAUUUCUCCAGGUUCAUCCUUUUACCAAAACACAGGCAGAUGGCUGCUUUGUUAUUGUUUCAUUUAAGGAUUCUAGCUUUAAUGGGUUUGAUUUGUACAAAGAACCUGAGAGCACCAUGUUUAGUUUGGAAGUUCAGUGUUCGUAAAUAUUCUAUUACUCCUAUGAUGGUAAUAUAUACACUGAACAAAAAUAUAAACGCAACCAUUAACGAUUUUACUGAUUUACAGUUCAUAUUAGGAGAUCAAUCAAUUGAAAUCAAUUCAUUAGGCCCUAAUCUAGGGAUUUCACAUGACUGGGCAAGGGCACAGCCAUGGAACCAACAUUGUAUUAGCAUUAUAUACACAAAAAAAAGUAUAUAAUACAAUCAAAUGAAAGUGUGAGUUCUUUUGGUGUUGAAUUUUAUAACAGCAAUGUAAUCUUAAUUUAUGUUAAAUAAAGCAUUGAAAAUGACAGCCAUGUGAUGGUCCUUUACAGCAAUGUAAUCUUAAUUCAUGUUAAAUAAAGCAUUGAAAAUGA